AAGGGAGGAACACUUGACGGAAGGAUAUCAAAUAUUUAAAGAAACUAUGAGGUAUUGUACACGAAAGGGGCUAAAAUAGGGGAAACCGGCCUUCACACACAAAUACAGGAAGUGGGUUACCUGAAACCAGGUGACCAGCAUUGCCUCCAAUCAGACUCGACCUGCAGCAGAGCUCCCCAGAGGCCCACUUUGUUUGACCAAAAAAAUGAACACAUGGAUUGUCUUAUGUCAAGAUCUCCUUUUGACAAAUCGCACAAACCCCCGGGAGGAAGCUUUUCCGCCAUGUCCGGAAAUGCUGCUGCUUACUCAAGGCUUGCGUCGGCCUGGCUGCCGCUCUGUGCGGCUGUCACGUCGUUUGUCCUGUGUUCGGACGCGGCGAGAGCAAGUCCCAUAACAACCCAAGCUGACAAUGGAGUGAAGCACCACUUCCUAAGAUCACGGUUGGAUGGCGUGAACCACCAUCAUCAUCAUCAUCAUCAUCGUCCCCUCUCUACUGGUCUGCUGUCAGCUGAAACCAGACUCCAAACUGGAACUAACAGUGGAAGUGAGAUGGGCAGGAAAUCCAGAGGCACAUUGUCAAUCGCUGAGCAGCCGUCAAACCCUCUGUGGUUUACAGACAGUCGAAGCGGCUACGAUCCAAACGGCUACGAUCAAAACGGCUACGAUCAAAACGGCUACUAUCAAAACGGCUACGAUCACAACGGCUACAAUCAACACUUCCCGGACAACAGACAGUCCCGGGCAGGAAUCAUCGGAGCGCAGAGAGGUCAAGUCGCAGCCGGGGUGAGGCCAGCGGGCUGGACUUUCAGCAGUGACUCUCAGCACGCUGGACGGAGCUUUGAGAGGCCGCAAUCCAGGUUAAACCACCCCCCUCUCUCUCAGACAGUAGCCCAAACUGGAAGCCCUUAUAAUUCACACCCACUGAUCAUCAAAGAAUACUCUCAAAAUCGAAUGUGGGAGCCCAGAGAUGCUCAGAAAUCCUACUACGAAGCGAACGACUCUCCGAAGUUGGCUGACGAUGGAGCGGCUCGGGCGUCAGCGCCCGGUGAGCGCCGGGGCGCUUCACUGGCGACUCCAAGAGGUGGCUACAAAGAAGCAAACGAGCUCUGGAGUUCAUCCGGCGGCCUUCAAUCCAGCGGGUCUUUUGUCGGCUUUGCAGGUCAAACUGCCCCUCGUGCACCACCGGCCAGCUACGGCUUGGAACCCGGCGACCCCAGCUCGGGGGAGUCGUCGCCGCCCCACACAGAUUCCUCCCAGGGGCUGGGCUCGAUGACCGGCAGUGGGACAUUGAGACCCCGGAUGCUCAAGUCGUAUCUCUUCCAGGACUCCCAGGCCCCACUUGUUGGUGGGCAGCAGGCGCCGAGUGGACGGGGCAGUCCCGCCGCAUCGCCACAUCAGCAGGGGGCCUCCGGCGCCCAAGCUGCAGCAAGAUUUGGUCCGGCUUUCGGACAAUUCGCAGACGAUGCCGUGCCACUGCAUCGCGACGCCGGCGCGGCCCAGUUUGGUCGCCGGGCUGACAGUUCUACCAAAUAUCAACCCACCUCCAGCAUGUUCCCUCCCGCUCAACUCUCCCGGCCUCCCCCUGCUCCAGGACGAGGCAGGACCGCAGAGAGUGUUGACCCCAUUCCUUCUCUUCUCCCCCAGGAUAACGACGCCACUAGCACAGAGAAAUAUGCCGCGGGAAGCCCAGCUCACACGACUCCAAGUGGCUCACUGCUUGGUUACGAACCAGGGCGGUCCGCGAAAACCAUCUACGGCAUCACAGGGUUUGAAAAAACUUUGUGGCCGGCUGUUCCCCGGUCCGGCGAAAGGGCCAGCUCCGGACGACACAGCUUCAACGAAGGAAGGGAGACUAAAAAAACCCCAGCUUUUUCUCCAAAGUACAGCUUUGGCCAGAGGGGAGCAUCUACGACAAAACUUGAGAGGACGCCUGCGAAUGAUGCACCUCGGUCGUCCGGCUCUUCAGGUUUUGAGGACGUCCAGCCUCUGCUGCCUGGAAGCGAUGCCGGUGUGGCCGUGAGACCCGAUCCCAGGCAAUUCAGAAGGAUCCACGGUGUGAGAGGAUUUGGCUCUCGACCACUCGAGGGAGCCAAAACCUUAGUCGGAGCACCAGACGGGCCUGCCACCCUCCAGCGAGGUUUUGAAAUCAGGAGCUCACAGACCUGGCGACCCGGAGGAAGCAGGAUUCACAGAUUGCACAGUAAAAGGGGCGAAACCGAGCCAGCAGCCGGCCACACGUCCACACGGAGUCGAAAUGAGCCGAGCGGCGGAGACUCUGGCCCACUUCCCACGUCCGCAGGAGGCACCGAGUCGGUCGAGCGCCGCAGGUUUACACCGGACAAAUACAAGAGGAAACACAGUCUCUACGCCUUUAUGGGAUUUCAGCCCAUUCGGAACCGACUCGCAAACACAAACUGGAGACACGACGAGCAACAUCCGACCGCCGCAGCACCACCACCAGCAGCAACACGCAGAGCCUCUCCAUCUCAUCUCAGAUCGGCCGGAGGCCACAGGUUUCGAUCCGGCCCAACGCCGGAGGCAAGAGCGGCCAACGGAACCCAACCGGUUGCAAGGAAGGCGAGUCUGUCCGGCGGAUCCUCCGGCAGCGCGGUGGUGAUGGGGAAGCGUGUGAGAGGCAAACACGGCAACAGCAGGAGGCUCAGCGAAUCUGCCUUUCUGGCCAAUCGUACUGUGAACGCAGCCAUUGUCCGGCUGCCCGAGCGCCCCGUCAAGGUCAAGGCCGUCACACAUGCUGACGUUUUGGGAGGCGCUUCAUUCAGAGGUGUCAGUGCCACACCCCAGACGCGGGUCGCACCGGCCGAUGAGGAUUCCUCUCCAGGUACGACAACUAGGACCGGGCAGGGAGAAGAGGCGGGUCCCCGGACCUUUGACCCCGACGAUGGGGCGCGCAGAGUGGCAAACACGAGCAGGAGUGCUGAGGACGACGACCAAGAGGAUCUCCGGAGCGUUCAGGAAGAGACGCCGGGUUUUAAAAAAAGCAGAGCAUUUGGCAGUGGAAUGAAAACACUCGACGCUUCCUCGGAUAGCGAAGGAAGCGGAAGCGGGGCUUUUGAUCUGCCUGAUGUUCUUUCAGCCGACGCCCCCACACACAGUCGGGGAUUUAGCGAGGAUGUGUUGGAGCUCGAUUACCUGCGGGCGGCGACUGGGAACGUCUCCUUCAAGUCAGUGAAACUGAGCCAUCCCGAGAAAUGACGGAAACGUGUCGACUUGUGACGUGCAACAGGAAUAAUUCAAAUAAAAACUUUAAAAAAACGUUCGUGAUUUUUGUUCUGGGGGAAACAAUGGCUGUUAAAAAAAAGAAAAAUUACAAAAUUAGUCCCUUUUGGGGCAGUUUACAACAGUUAUUUAAAAACCUCAAAAACAUUAUGUUAAUAAAUCAUUUAGAAUAAUUUAACAGUUUAGUCCUGGCCACGAAAAAUUCCACAUUUAUCACUAUUUUCUAAUGAUUUAUACAAAGAAUAAUUCAUACAAUACACAGGGGAAUGUGCUAUUUCACAGUUUUAACAAUGACAAAAAAAAAUACAAUAAAGAAACCCUUCAGGAUAUAUCAACAGCACUGAGCCCCUACAAAGAAAAGGGACGUACAGGUCUAAUGUAAUAAAUAAAAUAAAUCAAAAUAAAAUAAGAAAAAUGAAGUAAAUUCUAGUAAAAUAUGGGCAUUUAGAUGUAUUUUUUAUUUUAUUUUACUUAGAUUUAGAAGGCAAUAACAAUUAAAAGAAUUAGCUGGGUACAGUGCGAUUAUGCAAGAUAAUCUCAUAUGAAGUGAAUAUGUAUUAUAUUAUUAUAAAGUUAUAUAAAAGUUCAUAAAUAAAUAAAUGAUAAAACAAAAUGUACUAUUUAGAUUUAUAAGACAAAAUUAAAUAGAUGUUAUUGAUUUAAAACACCAUAAGAUGCAUGGGGGAUUUUAAUUGUGAGAUUAUUCUGUAUAAAUAUAUAUAUCUGUUGUCUAUCUGUGCCGACUUACUGGUGAAGUCAAUUAAAAAUGCUUCCUUGGU